AUGGCCAAGAAUAAGGGCAAGAAGUCCGAUGAAGAUGACAUAAAGAAGUCAUUGGAUGCCAUUUGCAAUGCAAGGAAGGAUUAUGCCGAGGAGAGGAAGUUGAUGAGGAGCAAGGAAAUAGAGGAGAGGAAUGCUACCGAGUUGAGAAGGGUGUGGGUGGAAGAGAGGAAGCUUGCAAUGGAGGAGGCCGCACGGCUCAUGGAGCAAGAGAAGAAUUUCAUGUUUAUGGACACAACCAAUCUUAAUGAUAAGCAAAAAGAGUAUGUUGAGUUGAUGCGCGAACAAAUAGUAUCACAAAAACGCAUGAUGGGAGGCUACAUGAUGAAUGGAUUCAUGGGAGGCAUGGGAUCCAUGGGAGGCAUUGGAUCCAUGGGAUCCAUGGGAGGCACUGGAGGAACCAUCGGUGGCAUGGGAUCCAUGGGAGGCAUGGGUGGCAUUGGAGGUACCAUUGGUGGCAUGGGAUCCAUGGGAGGCAUGAGUGGCAUUGGAGGUACCAUGGGCGGCAUUGGAGGUAUCAUGGGUGGAUUCAUGGUGUCCAUGGUUGCUCCCAUCCCUCCAUUUAGAGCUUCCACAAGUGGUUUCAAUGGAGGUACCGUGGGUGAUGGAAUGGGUUCAUUCAACGUUCCCAUCAAUGGAGGCAAUGAAGGCAAAGGAGCCGAUGAUGGCAAGGAAGGGGAUCCACAAAAUGAUGUUUGA